AACAAACGAAAUAAUAUUUUUAUUCAUUCACUCCGCCAUAUUGGUUGAGCACACAACAAGAAUUUCACAAAUUAAUUUUGCGUUGAAAACAUAGAUUGAACUUGAAUUUUGUGUUGCCAUUGAAAUUAUUUCGAGUACGUGAAUUAUUUGUCGCAAUGCAUGUUCGUCGAGACAGACAACCACCCGAUAAAAACUGGCCGAAGAAAAUGCCAUCAGAAGCAAGUAAAUUGCUAUUAACUGAAGCCGAAAUAAAAGCAGAGCCAACGAUCAAAGAAGAACCAGAAGAUGCAGGUAACAAAAUCGUGGUGCCGACAUCAGAAUUGGCCGACAACAGACCCCGCAAUGCAAUUGGCGCUGACCAAAUCGACCAGAUAAUCGAUUUUGAUGGUGUUGAGGUUAAACCAGAGGUGAAAACGGAAAAUAACGAAAAGAAAUCUGAAGAUGGUUCUAGUGGUCACCAGCAAAGUGGUGCGCCAAAGCGAUCAGUGGAUAAGGAUGAACAAAAGGCGACUACAUCUAAGGGUAAAGCAACCACAGGCAACGAUGGCUGCAAAGGCAAAAGGUACAAUGACAAAAAGGACCAAGCUGCCGCGAAGCCGAUUGGGAAAAAGCACGAAUGUCCUAUGUGCGAGUAUUCUUCUUCGACAAAAUCCAAUUUGAAAAGACAUAUUGUCACACAUACUGGUGAGAAGCCGUUCUCAUGCACCUUGUGUCCAAAACGAUUCAAUAGAAAACAUCGUCUUCAAUAUCACAUGAAAACGCACGUCAACGAAUUUCUGUUCAGUUGUUCAAAUUGUUUGCAAGGAUUCUCCACCAGCAAUGAACAGAUGGAACACGAAGCCGAUUGCAAAGUUAAACGUUACGAGUGUUUUUCAUGCAAGAAAUACUCUACUCUGCACAAACACUGUUUGAAGCGGCAUAUGCAAAUGCACAAUGAUGAAAGACUAUUCCAAUGCAAUGAUUGCUCGAAGGAAUUCAAAUGGGCCGAGAGUUUGAAACGGCACACCAUGCGAAUUCACAUCAACCCACGACCAUUGAAAUUCAAAUGUUCAAUUUUCUUCAGAAACUUCAAUCAACAAGCGGAAAGGGGUGAUCAUGAAGGACAUUGCAAGCGACGUGGUUAUCAAUGUCAUGUGUGCCAGCAGUUUAAAAGUAAUGACCUCUCAUCGCUAAGAAUACACUUGCGAACUCACACUGGCGUUAAGCCAUUCCAAUGCGGAUACUGCUCAAAAUGCUUUACUCAACAAGCACAUUACAAUGUCCAUAUGAAAAUUCCACAAGUAAUUAUCAACGGAUAGUAUAAACCAUACUACACUAGCAUCAAGACUCAACAAGACAAGAUACAUUGAAUUCGACUUCUGUUAUCAAACUUCAAUAAAUAGUCAAACAAAA